GCACCUAAUUAAGAAACUUAGAGAAAAAGAAGUGACGAAAUGAGAACAUAUUGGUCCUUCAGAAAGAACUCCAUGGAGAGAAACCAUUCGUUGCAGCACCAUCCCAAGGCCUUCCAUGUAUUCGGACCUCGCCACGUUUCUUCUCCUGGAUGGAGAGAACUCAUCAGCUCCAGUUGGAAGGAUGAAAGCUACAAAAGAAUAGUCAUGGCCUGCUUUGUGCAAUCAGUAUACUUGCUUGAGCUUGACAGACAAGAACAUAGGAGCACAGAAACUGGCCUUGCGCCACAGUGGUGGACACCCUUUAAGUACAAACUAGUUGAACCCCUUGUAGAUGAAAGAGAUAGCUCUAUAUUUGCUGCAGUUUUGGAGUGGGAUCAAGCAGCAGCCCUGGCUGAUUUUAUACCAAUAAGACCAACUGGUGCACCAAAAGUGGUAUUAGCCAUCAGAGGAACACUCUUGAAGAACUCCACAAUAAGGAGAGAUAUUGAGGAUGAUCUACGUUACUUAGCGUGGGAAAGUCUCAAGGGAUCCUUCAGAUUCGACAGGGUCUUAUCUGCUCUAAGAACAAUCAUUAACCUGCAAGGGAGCAAAAAUGUGUCGAUCACAGGGCACUCGUUAGGAGCUGGCUUUGCUCUUGAGGUAUACAAAGCGUUAGCUGCUGAAGGAACUUGUGUAGAAGCACAUCUUUUCAAUCCACCAUCUGUUUCAUUGGCCAUGAGCUUGAGAAUCUUGAGUGGAAAAGCUGGAUUUGUGUGGAAAAGGUUCAAAUCAAUGCUUCCUUCUAACUCUGAGAAUCAAAGCAAGAGCGUCGCUGAUGCUGCAGAAUCAAGAAUAACUUCAGAGCUCAAGCAAAUGCUGCCUAUGCCUCAUUUGUAUGUUAACACAAGUGACUACAUCUGCUGCUACUAUAAUUACCCAGAUGGAGAACAAAAAAGUAGUUUCAAUGGUAAUAAGGAUCAGAAAGAAGAAAAACCUGCUGGAAGUGGGCUAACCGGUGUAAAGCUUUUUGUGGCGUCAAAAGCAAAGCAGAGGUUUCUUGAGGCGCAUAGGCUGAAACAAUGGUGGUCUGAUGACUUGGAACUCCAAAUAGCUCUCAAUAACAGCGUGUUAAUAAGUAGGCAGCUCAAUUCCUUAUACACCAUUCAAGCUCCAAAACAAACUCAGUGCUAGAGUCUUUAAAAAUCUCAGGCCUUUGGCACUUCUAUCCUUCUUUUCAUUCAAAAGUGGAUAGAAAACACUUCUGCAUUUCUUCCAUUAGGUUCAAGUGAUAUUGACAUAUGUACUUGAAUUUGGGCUGGUAAAGAUUGAAAUUUCAAAACAUAAGAUUGUAAGGCUUGAGAUUCUGCACUUGACUUAUGAAUGAAUUGAUUAACCUCCUACAAACAUUUGACUUGCUAAAACCACAUUUGCGAUCUUGCAUAUAAAUUUGGAGAAACAUAGAAUAGAACUAAUAAGGCAUACAUGACCUGCAUUUUGUGCAAAAGGUUCAGUUUGCAUAUCCAUGGCAGAUUCAGUUAAUGAGAUCUACACACGCUAUGGCAUUUAAGUAGAAGUUGGCAUCAAUCCAGCACAAGAUUUCUUUGAUCUAUACACCUACAAGGCUACAAGUACUUUUUCCUUUUGGACAAAAUACUUGUUGAUUGUUACUCUCUCUUUCUCCAACUAAUUCCCUAGCUUGUGUUCCAAAAUAC